CUGUUACCUCCCCCACUUAAACUAUGAGUUUUAUAUAUGGGGGGAUGAUAACAUCAACAUAUAGGUAGUUCUCUAUAAAGAGACCAGAGAAAUAGAGAGAGAUAAGGUAGACAAAGCUAAAGGUCUGAGAAGCAGGAAAGAAGAGGAGAUGUCGGACUGGGGGCCAGUGUUCAUAUCGGUGGUGCUCUUCAUUCUUCUCUCUCCGGGGCUCCUCUUCCAGAUCCCAGGGAAGCACAGAUUGGUGGAGUUUGGCAACUUCCAGACAAGUGGAGUCUCUAUUGUAGUCCAUGCCAUCAUCUUCUUUGGUCUCGUUGCCCUCUUCCUCGUUGCCCUCGGCGUCCACAUGUUUAUCGGCUAGUAACUAUCAUGCAACUAAAACAAAAUCCCAUCUUGGACUUGGUCUCCAAAUGAGUGGCAUUAGUUCAGUGUAGACUUUGCUCCAAAAAAUCUCAUUUUGGUGUCUAUUCCAACAUGGGUUCUCUUAGUCCACUGUAGAUUUUUCUUUCCACCCAAAAAAAUGAAAAAGGAAAAAAAAAAGAACCGAUUCCCACGUGAGUUCUAAUAGUUCAAUGUAAUCUUUCCUUAUCAUUAGGAAAAGGAAAAAAAAAAAAUCCCAUUUUAGAGAUGAUUUCCAAAUGGGAUUUUCAACUUCAUUGUUCAGUCAUAUUAUUACUGUGUGUUAUGAGAUUAGUUUCUUUUUGUCUCAACGAUUGUAGUGCAGUGUUGUAUAACUGAAUGUGGUUCCAUGUUCAGUAUUUUGUUUGUAAGAGCAUAAUAACCGUGCCAUAAUUUGUUCGAAAUAUAUUGCUGCUUUCAUGUCUAUGUUUAGUU